GGCAGGAAGCGCGGCCAGGCGGACUGGGAGGGCGGCUACCCCGAGAUCAUCAAGGAGAACAAGCUCUUCGAGCACUACUAUCAGGAGCUCAAGAUCGUGCCCGAGGGAGAGUGGGACCAGUUCAUGGGCUCACUCCGGGAGCCGCUCCCGGCCACGCUGAGGAUCACCGGUUACAAAAGCCACGCAAAAGAGAUUCUCCAUUGCUUGAAGAACAAGUAUUUUAAGGAGUUGGAGGACCUGGAGGUAGAUGGACAGAAAGUUGAAGUUCCACAGCCACUAAGCUGGUACCCUGAAGAACUUGCCUGGCAUACAAAUUUAAGUCGAAAAAUCUUGAGAAAGUCUCCACUGUUGGCAAAGUUUCAUCAGUUCCUGGUUAGCGAGACUGAGUGUGGAAACAUCAGCCGGCAGGAGGCUGUCAGCAUGAUCCCCCCCCUGCUGCUCAACGUGGAGCCACAUCAUAAGAUCUUAGACAUGUGUGCGGCCCCUGGAUCAAAGACCACACAGUUAAUUGAAAUGUUGCAUGCAGACAUGAGUGUCCCCUUUCCAGAGGGAUUUGUUAUCGCAAAUGACGUGGACAACAAGCGCUGCUAUCUGCUCGUUCAUCAGGCCAAAAGGUUGAGCAGUCCCUGCAUCAUGGUGGUAAACCAUGAUGCGUCCAGCAUCCCUAGACUCACAGUAGAUGUGGACGGAAGGAAAGAGAUUCUCUUCUAUGAUCGAAUUUUAUGUGAUGUUCCUUGCAGUGGUGAUGGCACGAUGAGGAAAAACAUUGAUGUUUGGAAGAAAUGGACCACCUUGAACAGCUUGCAGCUCCAUGGCCUGCAGCUCCGGAUCGCGACUCGAGGUGCUGAGCAGCUGGCAGAAGGGGGCAGGAUGGUGUACUCGACGUGUUCCUUGAACCCCGUGGAGGAUGAAGCGGUGAUAGCAGCUCUGCUGGAGAAGAGUGAAGGUGCUCUUGAGCUUGCUGACGUAUCUGCUGAGCUGCCAGGACUGAAGUGGAUGCCUGGAGUCUCCCAGUGGAAGGUCAUGACUAGAGACGGGCAGUGGUUUGCAGGUUGGGAUGAGGUUCCCCAGGGCAGGCAUACACAGGUUCGACCUACUAUGUUCCCACCAGAAGACCUGGAAAAACUGCAAGCGAUGCAUCUAGAGCGAUGCCUCCGAAUACUACCACAUCAUCAGAAUACUGGAGGGUUCUUCGUGGCAGUGUUGGUCAAAAGAGCACCAAUGCCAUGGAAUAAACGUCAGCCAAAGGUACAGAGUAAAUCUUCAGAGCCCAGGGAGAACAUAGCAUCCAUCCCUGUGGGUACCACAGAGAAGAAUCCUGGUGACCUCCCUGAGCUGGACGGUCAGAUGAUCACUGGAGCCGGUGACUCAGAAGUAACACACCCCACUGAGAACCCAGAGAGUAAAGAAAAGAAAGAUGGCGUUUGUGGCCCUCCUCCAUCAAAGAAAAUGAAGUUGUUUGGAUUUAAAGAAGAUCCGUUUGUGUUCAUUCCUGAGGACGAUCCUUUGUUCCCGCCUAUUGAGAAGUUCUAUGCCUUGGAUCCUUCGUUCCCGAGGAUGAACUUGUUAACUCGAACUACAGAAGGGAAGAAGCGGCAGCUUUACAUGGUCUCCAAGGAGCUUAGGAAUGUACUGCUCAACAACAGCGAGAAGAUGAAGGUCAUCAACACCGGGAUAAAAGUCUGGUGUCGAAAUAACAGUGGCGAAGAGUUUGACUGCGCCUUCCGUUUGGCACAGGAGGGGAUAUAUACAUUGUAUCCAUUUAUUAAUUCAAGAAUUAUCACUGUGUCAAUGGAAGAUGUGAAGACACUGUUGACCCAAGAGAACCCAUUCUUCAGAAAACUCAGCAGUGAAGCCUACAGUCAAGUCAAGGACUUGGCAAAGGGAAGUGUUGUGCUGAAGUAUGAACCAGAUUCUGCGAAUCCUGAUGCCCUCCAGUGCCCCAUUGUGCUGUGUGGGUGGCGGGGAAAGGCUUCUAUUCGAACUUUUGUACCCAAGAAUGAGAGGCUUCAUUAUCUUCGGAUGAUGGGCCUUGAGGUGUUAGGAGAAAAGAAGAAAGAUGGGGUCAUUCUUACCAAUGAGAGUGUAGCCAGUCCAGAGCAGCCUGAAAAUGAUGAGGACGCCGAGCAGACAGCACAAGAGGCCACCAUCACCAGCUGUGACCCAGCUGCAACUGAGCCAUCCCGGUGAAGAGAUCUCCGCACACUGAACUGGUAUCAUCCCUUGGUGGUUGAGAUAAGAUCCAGAAUGUCCUUAGCUGCAAAGUGUAUAGGGCCUCUACAUGGGUGGGUGGCAGCAGUCUGGGGAGUUGUAUUUUCCAGCAUUUAGGAGUCGCUUUGGCAGAUUGGAUCUGUGUUUCUGCUUCUGAAGGCUGAUGCAAAACAGCCUUUGCAGAAGUUCAGGUCCCUUGUUGGGCCAGUAUUGGCCUAGUCUUUUAAAAAUUAUUUAUAGUAAAAACUACAACUCUUUGGGAAAUGGCUCUAUGCUUUAAUAAUGUUUGGACUGACAUUGGUGCACCAUGCGGUGAUGCUGACACCUGAGGCCUCAGGUGACUUCCGUGCCUUUGUGAUAGAGUGAAGUAAGCGGUCCCAGAAUAAAGACUGAUGAAUCAUGAUAGCAGUUUUGGGGACAGUUUUGUGCUUAUCCAGCAGGUGCUUUAAGUGGGGUUGCAGUUAUUUGGGCCAUGAAAUAAAGCGCUAUUAUGAUAA